AGCAGCUCCACUGUGGUUACUGAUUUUCAAUCGAUACGUUCACUGACACGAGAGAGCGUGGACGUUUUUAGAGACUCAAUUUAGACAGCUCCAACUUUUUUGAAAUCUUCUACCCUGAAUCUUUUUUCAUCUCUUCGCUGCUAUUGACUUUUGUAUAUUUUCCUCGCCAUCAUAUCAGCAUCAUUCCAGAGGAAUGGAGGGGUUGAGUGGGUGCAAUGCAACUUUAUUGAACAACUCCGCAGACAAGGGGUUGUUAAAUGAACACAGAUCCUUCCAGCACCUGAAACCUGAGGAGCUGAGGGUCCUGGUGCCGACUAUCCUGGGACUCAUCUGUAUCUUGGGUGUGGCUUGUAAUAUCACUGCAAUGGUCAUCUUGUUCUCAAACGCACAUAAAGGCAAACUGUCUCUCAUCAACUCCCUCAUCUUCAACCUGAUGUUUGCUGACGGCCUGCUGCUGGUAUUUACGAUGCCUUUCAAGGCUGCCUUCUACUCCAAGGGCAGCUGGGAUCUGGGCUGGGUUGUGUGCAAGACGGCGGACUGGUUCCUCCAGUCCUGCAUGGCCGCAAAGAGUUUCACAGUGGCAGUCUUGGCCAAUGCUUGCUACCGCUAUGUGUCCAACCCCACUAAGCAGGUGAGCAUCCACAUUGGCUCUAUCCUGGUGGUGCUUUUCUUCAUCUGGGUGUCUGCCUGCUCCGUCACCAUGCCUCACUGGUUGUUCGCUACACUGCAGAGAGGAAUCCAUGAGUUGGUGUGUGAGCUGAUGGUUCCUCCUGAAGCCCGGUACUUCAUGACAGUGUAUGUCAAAGCUUACCCCCUGUUGGUGUACUGUGCACCUCUCAGCUUUGCCCUGAUGUUUUUCUGGAAGGCUUACGGCCAGUGCCAGCGCCGCUGCAGUAAGACUCAGAAUCUGCGCACACAGAUCAGGUCCAGAAAGCUCACGUUGAUGUUAUUCAGCCUAACUUUGGCUAUGGCUAUUCUCUGGCUUCCUCAGUGGGUUGUGUGGGUUUGGGAGCGUCAUAUUACAGAAAAAGAGAUUGAAGGAGCUCAGCCUUUCCUCCCCUCUCCUCCCCUCCUUCUCAUCCUCUCAGCUCAACUUCUCACCUUCUCUAUAUCGCUGGUGAAUCCUCUCAUCGUCCUCUUGCUCUCUGAAGAGUUCAGAGAAGGCUACAGGGGGCUGUGGAGGCGCCUCACCCUGCGCAAACAACUUCCACCAAAAGCACACCCUGGACCACACAACCCUACCUCUCUCCAGUCGCCUUGCCCCAGACCAGAGACCUCAGUCCAGCUACGUGGAGAGAGGAGCCUUCAAUCAAGCUUCAGCGCAGGUUCCGGCAGAAAUGCUCCACCUCAGCCUGAACAAAGUGGAGGACGAGGAGGACGGGGAGAGAUAGACGUAGACAGGGUCAGCCUCAAGGAUGGGAUUGUCUUGUCUGAUGUGGAGCAGUUCUGGCAUGGGAGGGAGACGGGAACAAACACAGGUGAAAAUGAUCCGGUGCCGUGGGAGCAUGAGAGCAAAGAGGGCAAAAAAUAAUCAUCGCCUUCCAUCUGAUCGUAACAUUACUCUCAUUAAAUCCUCAGACAGCAGCAGACCUCAUCUCGGUACUACACCAUUAAUCACUGGUUAUGUCAACUGUGUGUAUGAUAUUAUUCAAAGGUAAGAGAAGAGUCAGUGUGUGCACUACGAAUAGAGCAGUAUCAUCUGUAUAUAAGAUAAACUUUGCAAUCAUAUUUUUUUGUUGUUAAAUGAGGAAGAAAUAGAUCAUUAUUAUAAGUAUGACUUUUGGUGGCUGUAUUUAAAGCUAUACUUAUAUUAUUAGAUUAUAUAUAUUAUACUGGCAUAUACUGAAUUAACAAGUUAACAGAUAUAUUGUUGUAUUUGAACAUUGAUUGUUGAUGCUCUGAGAAAUGUUUUCAUUUAAAAAUGACAUCGUAAUUUACGGCACAGCAAAUGUUGGAGCAUAAAAUGUGUUUGCUACCUACGUGCAACCUUUACGCCAUGUAUCAUACAUAUAUAACCACUUUCAUGACACAAAGUGAUGUGAUGUUAUGCAGUCUGUGUGUAAAUGUGACAGAAACUGUCGCUCCUGUCAACUUAUUUGUCACUGGAUCAUUUGACCAGUGUUUCA